CCGGCCCCGCAUCCCGCCGGCCCCGGGCUCGGUUCUCCAGGCUCUGGCCCAGACUCGAGGACGCCCUAAGCUGCGGCCCGGUCUCUCUGCUUCAUUCAGUUCAACAAAUGAUAAAACAUAACAUAACUCAAGGCAGCUUUCUUGAUAUUGCCCAGGGCUCUGAGGAACGGGGUUGCCCUGCCUUCUGGUCACACUUGGUUGUCUGUCACCCUGGCAUGUGAUCCUGACUAAGGGGGAGACCAGCUGUGGAAGGGGCAGUCAUCUGACUCCCCAGUGCCCUAGAGUAAGUUUGUUUGUCAAAGAUGAAAGUGACCUUAUCAGCUUUGGAUACUUGUGAGAGUUCUUUCAAUCCUUUGGUGGUUAUUGAACUUGCCCAAGAUGUCAAAGAAGAAACCAAAGAAUGGCUCAAAAACAGAAUUAUUGCUAAAAAGAAAGAUGGAGGUGCACAGCUGUUGUUUAGACCACUGUUAAAUAAGUAUGAGAAAGAAACACUAGAAAAUCAGAAUUUAUACCUUGUCGGUGCCACCAAGAUCCGACUGUUACUGGGGGCAGAGGCAGUGGGGCUGGUGAAGGAAUGCAAUGAUGCGGCCAUGCGGGCCUUUACCUAUGGAACCCGGCACAACUUCAAAGAUUUUCAUGAUAACAACGAGGACUUCCUCACAAUGGCGGAGUGUCAAUUCAUUAUCAAACAUGAACUUGAAAACCUUAGAGCUCGAGAGGAGAAGAUGAUCCCUGGGUAUCCCCAGGCAAAACUGUACCCCGGAAAGUCACUGAUGAGAAGAUUGCUCACAUCCGGCAUCGUAACCCAGGUGUUCCCACUGCAUGAUGGGGAGGCGCUCAAGAAGCUUGAGGACACUUGGUAUACUCGGUUUUCCCUGAAGUAUCAGCCCAUAGACAGUAUUCGUGGCUACUUUGGGGAGACAAUUGCUCUGUACUUUGGAUUCCUGGAGUAUUUCACCUUUGCCCUGAUUCCCAUGGCCGUCAUUGGGCUGCCGUACUACCUGUUUGUGUGGGAAGAUUAUGACAAGUACGUGAUCUUUGCAUCCUUCAACCUCAUCUGGUCCACAGUGAUCCUGGAGGUGUGGAAGCGUGGCUGUGCCAACAUGACUUACCGCUGGGGGACUCUGGUCAUGAAGAGGCAGUUUGAAGAGCCCCGGCCAGGGUUUCAUGGGGUCCUGGGCAUCAAUUCUGUCACCGGCAGAGAGGAACCGCUCUAUUCCAGCUACAAGAGGCAGCUGCGUAUCUACCUGGUCUCCCUGCCAUUUGUGUGCCUCUGCCUCUAUUUCUCCCUCUACGUCAUGAUGAUUUACUUUGACAUGGAGGUCUGGGCCUUGAGUCUCCAUGAGGACAGUGGAUCUGAGUGGACCAAUGUCCUACUGUAUGUGCCCAGUAUCAUCUAUGCCAUUGUCAUCGAGAUCAUGAACCGCCUCUAUCGAUACGCUGCUGAGUUCUUAACGUCCUGGGAGAACCACAGAUUGGAAUCUGCCUACCAGAAUCAUUUAGUUCUAAAAGUGUUGGUGUUCAACUUUCUGAAUUGCUUCGCCUCGCUCUUCUACAUUGCUUUUGUCCUGAAGGACAUGAAACUUUUGCGCCAGAGCCUGGCCACACUCCUGAUCACCUCCCAGAUCCUGAACCAAGUUGUAGAAUCUCUUCUUCCUUAUUGGCUCCAGCGGAAGCACUGUGCGCAGGUGAAGAGGAAGGUACAGGCUUUAAGGGUGGAUAUGGACACGACACUGUACGAACAAGUCCUCCUGGAAAAAGAAAUGGAAACUUACUUGGGCACCUUUGACGACUAUUUGGAGCUAUUCCUACAGUUUGGUUAUGUGAGCCUUUUCUCAUGUGUUUACCCAUUAGCAGCUGCCUUUGCUGUGUUAAAUAACUUUACUGAAGUCAACUCAGAUGCCUUGAAAAUGUGCAGGGUCUUCAAACGCCCGUUUGCAGAACCUUCCGCCAGUAUUGGUGUAUGGCAGUUGGCCUUUGAAACGAUGAGUGUCAUAUCUGUGGUCACUAACUGCGCUCUGAUUGGAAUGUCACCCCAAGUGAAUGCAGUCUUUCCAGAGUCCAAAACAGACCUUGUUUUGAUUGUGGUUGCCGUGGAGCACUCACUCCUGGCUUUAAAGUUCAUACUUGCGUUUGCCAUCCCUGAUAAACCACGGCACAUCCAGAUGAAACUGGCCAGGUUGGAAUUUGAAUCUUUGGAGGCACUCAAACAGCAGCAAAUGAAGCUGGUGGCAGAAAACCUGAAGGAGGAGCCCCGGGAAGAUGGGAAGGAGGAGGCCACUUAAGGGCCAGCAUGCUGGCUCCCCUGUUCCCAGACUGUGAGGAUCAACACCUGCUGUUUGACCUGCACAGAGCCCAUGCUGGCUACUUGGCCUUCUGAAGUGGAUGGCAGGCACCCUCAUCCUGCAAAGUCCAGCCCUGUGGAUAGAAGAGGGCAGCUGAGACACUUGGCAGAUCCCUAGCACCCUCUCAUUUGGCCCCUUCCUGGGUCCCAUGCACCCCUUGCCAGCUGCCUCACUUUGCUCCAGAACCUCAGCUGCCUUUGAGCUUCACCAGCCAAGAAGUGCCAGCUUUCCAUGUGGCAUUCACAGUGGGUGCCAAUCACUCAAGUCCCCACCAGGGUCCCAUGGUGGGGUGGUGUCUUAGGGCAUGUACCCACCAUAUCCAUCACAAGAGCCAUGCUAAAGGAGGAGGUCCUGAGAAUGGGGUGGGAUCCCAAACCUGAAUCCUGGUUCUGUUUAGCAAUAUUAUCAGACUGUAACUGAAUUAUUAAAUGCAGCCCUCCUGUCUGACUCCUA